UCCUGUUUGCACACCCAGCCCUGCAGUUUCAGUAAACACUGGAGCUGAUGUCUCUGUGCGCUCUGUUGUUGUUGGACCGCAUAAGCGAUGGCAGGUAAAGACGAAGGGCAACUUUCGCCGGUUCUUGCGCGGAGCGACCACAUCUCCUUCGUGGAGGGAAACACGCUGUACGUCUGGGGUGGAUGCAGGUGUGUUGAUGGAAAAGAAACCUUUUUCCCCAGUGAUGAGAUCUUGCUUUAUGACAUGGAGAGUGGAGUCUGGUCCCAGAGGCAUAUGGGAGGAGAAGUUCUUCCUGUCCUAUCACAGCCAUGCGGUGCAUAUCUUCAGGGAGUGCUUUACAUUUUUGGGGGUUGUGUACGCAAUGCCUACACCAACCAGAUGUACUGUGUAGACCUCUCACAUGGGGAAUACAGCUGGAAAAAAGUAACGGGCACGUUGGGAGCGACGCCAUCUCCCAGAAUCCGACAUUCCUGCUGGGUCCAUAGAAACAGGCUCAUCUACUUUGGCGGAUACGGCUGCAAAACACUCAGCCAGAUCAACAACUCUAAAACAUUUUUGUUGGACGAGACCUCUUGGGCAACAAUCGGCUCGGAGGUUUUUCAGUUUUGGGGAUGGAAUAAUGAGGUAUAUAUGUUUGAACCUGCGUCAGCCACUUGGACCAAACCACAAACCCAGGGCCAGUCUCCAGAUCCCAGAUCAUCCCACGCCAGCGCUACUUUAGGUCAAAAGGGCUACAUCUGCGGGGGUCUGGAAACACAGACGAUAGACAUUCACUGUUUAGAUCUGACGACAUGGAUGUGGACAAAAAUAGACCAUCAUGCUACACAUCUCCCACGGGGCCGCACUCUUCACACACUCACAGCAAUCUCAGACCACAAACUCUUCCUUUUUGGUGGCCUCAGCACUAACGGCGAGGUUCUCAGUGAUGGGUGGGAAUUCGACACUGUAACAAAAGAAUGGAGGGAGAGAGACCAUGUGCACAACGACAAACCCAGGUUAUGGCAUUCUGCUGAUAAUGGGAGGGACGGUGAUGUCGUGGUUUUUGGAGGAAGCCAGACUUUCAUCUUUCUUAUGGAUUCGGUGGUGGCGCUCAGGUCUCCCGCUCAAAGCCAUUGUGGAGACGUGCUGCUGUUUCAGACUCAACCGUACUCACUGUCAAGAUUAUGCGAAGACUGCAUAGGAAAACACACAUUUUCUGUCCAAGAGCAAGUUUCAUGGUUACCAGCCAAACUUCAGAAGACUAUUGGCAAGAGGAUAUCCUACUUCUUGGACAAUGCUCAAAAUGUAUAUGCAGCCACCUAAAUUUACAUGGAUAGCUCUCAUUUCCUUAUUAAAAGUAUAAAUAUUUCUGUCCAAAUCAAGUCAUGUUUAUUUGUAUAGUGCUUUUAAAAUAUAUAUUGUUUUAAAGCAGCUUUGCUGCAGUCAUUGUUUAAAUAGCAUUCCAAUCAUUCCACGAAUUGGAUACACUUGAAUGUACAUAUGUAACUGUAGAUUAUUGUAUACAAGAAUUAUUCACGUUAAAUAAAAUCCCUAAAAUGUG